CAUUGCCGAGAUGGGUAUUUUUUCUGGAACUUACAAGUUCAUUCUCCUGCUGGCUUGUGCCGUAGUUCAGUGUGCCGCAAUGGAAAAGAAUUACACCAUACUAGAAGAACUACCUGAAAAUGUCCUGAUAGGUGAUCUGGUGAAGGAUCUCAACUUGACAUUCUCACCAGAGAAGACACUCUCGACUCCCUUGCAGUUUAAGUUAGUGUACAAGAGUGGGGAUCUGGCAUUAGUGAGGGUAGAGGAGGCAACUGGUGAGAUCUAUACCACCGGUGUACGCAUAGAUCGUGAAAAAUUAUGCUCUGGUGUCUUUGCUGAGACUCACUGUGUUUAUGAAGUUGAAGUAGUUGUUUUGCCAGAUGAAAUCUUUAAAUUGGUCAAGAUCCGCUUUCUGAUCGAAGACAUCAAUGAUAAUGCCCCACUCUUUCCUGCGACGGUCAUCAACGUUUCAAUUCCUGAGAACACUGCUAUCAAUUCCCGAUUUCCGGUACCUUCAGCUGUUGAUCUUGAUGUUGGCAUUAAUGGAAUUCAACAGUACCAUCUGCUUAACGGUUUAGAUGUAUUUGGGCUUGAUGUCAUUGAAACACCUGAGGGAGAAAAAUGGCCCCAACUAAUUGUCCAAAAGGUGCUGGAUCGGGAGGACAAAGACACAUAUGUGAUGAAAUUGAAAGUUGAAGAUGGUGGGUCACCUCCCAGGUCCAGCACAGCCCUUUUGCAAGUUUCUGUGAUUGACACGAAUGACAAUGGUCCUGUCUUUAAGGAGUCAGAGGUUGAAGUUGCCAUCCCUGAAAAUGUUCCUGUGGGCUUUUCAGUCUAUCAACUCCAUGCCACUGAUGAUGAUGUGGGUGCAAACGCACGGAUCCAGUACUUUUUCAGUGAUCUAAUGAACAACGUUGCAAGGAAGCUUUUCGAUCUCAACAAUACCACUGGCCUCAUUACCGUCAAGGAGCCCUUGGAUAGGGAGCAGGCUCCUAUUCACAAGCUGAUGGUUUUAGCAACUGAUGGAGGUUCAUUGCCCGCUAGGGGAAUGGUGAUAGUGAAUGUCACAGAUGUCAACGACAACCCCCCGAUAAUUGACGUCAGAUACAUCAUCAAUACAGUUAAUGGGACUGUGUUCUUGUCAGAAAAUGCUGGGCUCAAUACCAAAAUUGCUCUCAUUACACUAAUAGAUAAAGAUGCUGACCGUAAUGGGAAAGUGAACUGUUUCACAGAAAAUGACGUUCCUUUCAGAUUAAGACCAGUUUUUGAAAAUCAGUUCCUAAUGGAGACUUCCUCUUUCCUAGAUUAUGAGACUACAAAAGAAUAUGAAGUAAAAUUGUUGGCUUCAGAUUCUGGCAGACCUCCUUUGAAUUACACUACUUCUGUCAUGAUUAAAAUCAAAGACGAAAAUGACAACGCACCCAUCUUCAGCCGGUCGAGCAUAAGGAUUUCUGUCCCAGAGAACAAUGCUCCUGGUGCUCAGCUGACAAAAAUCAGUGCAACAGAUGCAGACAGUGGAAAGAAUGCAGAGAUCACUUACCUGAUAGCUGGUGAACGCCCCUCUGCUUUCAGCCUGGAUAAUCGUACAGGCAUUCUGUCAGCAGCGGAACCACUAGAUAGAGAAAAGAAAGACAAAUACACCUUCACAGUCACCGCAAGGGAUAAUGGCAAACCUCACCUGCAGUCCAACGCUACGGUGAUUGUAACAGUCCUCGAUCAGAAUGACAACAGCCCUACUUUUACCCACAGUGAGUACAACUUCUAUGUCCCAGAAAACCUACCCAAGCAUGGCACGGUGGGACUCAUCACUGUAACUGAUGCUGAUGCUGGAGAGAAUGGAGUUAUCACUCUCACCAUUCUAAAUAACAAUGGCAGUUUCAUCACUGAUUCAAUAAAUGGAAUCAUCCGACCCAAUACCUCUCUUGAUAAAGAGAAACAACAGUCUUACACUUUCGUAAUAAUGGCCACAGAUGGAGGCAGGGUGCCACGCUCUUCAUCUGCCAAAGUGACCAUCAAUGUGGUUGAUAUUAAUGACCACAAACCAGUUCUUGUUUUACCUCCUACUAACUAUACAUUUCAGUUUCUUCCACUAGCUACUGAACUUGGCACACUUUUGUAUGUAGUGAUGGCUAUUGAUGAGGAUACUGGCAAGAAUGCUGAAAUUCAGUCCAAAAUUGAAUCAGGAAAAAGAAAGAAAUUAUUUGAAGUGGAAGGAGCAUCAGACGAGCUACUGCGCAGAGCUCGAGGUCGAGGACGAGGAAAAUCAGUGACCCACAAGGUUAAAAAGCCUGAUGUUGCGAGCCCAUCAACUGGUGACUACGUCAAGUACAUCAUCGCCAUCAUUUCUGGUUCCAUGACGGCCGUCCUGACCAUUGUUAUCGCUGCUCUUUUACGUUGCCGCCGUUUUCCACGCCUCCGAGUUGGAAGAAAGCAGAAUUCAGAAUGGGUCACUCCAAAUCCAAACAACAGCGAGACAAUAACGAUUAGCACAAAUGACAACGGUGGCACUAAUAGUGUCAUCCUUAACCUUGUGACCUUUGCCGAAUCUGGGACUGAUGAUCUGGAUAAUGAGGAAGAGGCCACUACCUCCUUGGAUGUCGCCAUUGAUAUCGAAGAAGACCCCAUGGAGAGGUACAAGUGGGGUACCCAUUCUUCCACUUUUAAGCCCGAUGUUCCUGAUUUGGCUCAACACUACAAAGCGACAUCUCCUCAGCCACCCUUCCAUAUUGAGCCUGAGACUCCUGUGCAUUCAAAGCACCAUGGCAUCCAGGAGCUGCCCGUGGACAAUACUUUUGUGAUGGGCUGUGACUCUCUUUCCAAAUGUUCCUCCAGCAGCUCAGAUCCAUACAGCAUUUCUGACUGUAGCUGUCAAGGAACCAUCAAGACUACAGCCACCAUUCACCCCCGACAGAUAGAACCGGACUUCUCGUUGGUACACGUUAGGAACAAAUGCUGCUACCACUUGCCAGCCCACCCAGAAACAAAGGCAGUGGGCAAAUGUCAGAGGUCUUGGCUGGCCCAGGCAUUGCAGAGUGGUGUCUGGGAAUUACAAUCUCUUCCCCUCUCCAUCCUAUGCUCCACAUAG